AUGUGGGCCCUUCCGUCUAUUGAAGGUGGAUGGCACCUCGAUGCAUUUGCAUCUUUCAUAAUGCUUGUUGGUGAAGAUCGGGAGCUUGAAUAUCGGCGGAGCCAGCACCGCUGGUCAAGUCUGUUCUCCUUCCCCGCUCCCGUUGCGGGACUUCAAAGCUACCUCCAUUCAAAUUACAAGAUUAUUGAUCGCACUGGCAUGGAAUACAUAAGUCCAUACAACUCCAACAAAGCGCAGCUCAGGAACGUUAGAAUUGAAGCCAUCAUUCAGCAUUACAAUCUUCUCCGAGACAGAGCAUACUACAGAUUCAUAAUCCCACAAAUUGAUGCACAAGCUAAGAUCCCUUUCCUGAGUUCAGCAUGGCGGAAAACACAAUGGCCAGGUUUCACACUACCUGCUUUAUGUCUUUCGGUCCUCCUUUUCUGGGGAACUUGUGGGGUAUUCUUUUGGGCCAUGGCGCGUUGCCCAAAGACUACAUGGAUUGGCAAUUCUUUAUGCAUCAGUCUUGGGGUUUGGUCUUUUAUAGUCCGACUCAUUGACCUAUGCUGUAUUGUACCAAGCGGUGGGGGUGUCAUUUCUGGAGCAGACCGCCCAGACGCAGCGAUUUUCUUAGGAAGACGGAACUCAUGCCUCGUGCUAGAAGGCCUUCGGAAAGAUAUCUCCUCAUGGACUGGACGGGGCCUGACAGAAUGGGAUAACCAACCGCUCGUCUUCUACCUGACGACUUUUCGGCAGGUAGGGACCCUAGCAAUGUUGCUGUUCAUUUUGGCCACGAUUCCAAAUGGCACUAUUGCUGACCAAGUCGGCUUUAUUACCUACAACGGAAUCGGGCAGCUCAACCUUAUGGCCUGCAACAACCUCAGCAUGGCAAGAUAUCUAUACUCUCUUCGGCAAACGGACAUGUCUAACAUCGAGACACGAACACACGUCUACAGCAAGUUGAUUACACACUUCCGAGAUAAGGUUAAGCCGACCACGCCAGACUGGGUGGACACGAUCAAACUCCUUCCUGACACUCCCCAGUGGAAAUUGUGGAAGACAAAGGUAUUGGAGGGAAACAGCAAGGAUGCAAAGGUGUUAUACGAUGAGUGUGGAGUAACUCUUCAUGAUCAGGAGGUUCACGCUGCCGAACUCCGAAACCACGAGAAAGAAAUGACAGCUCAGCUCGCUCGAAGAAUGUACGAGGAUGCGCAGAACGAAUUAGCAGCUGCUAAAGUCGCUCGUGAUGCGUUGGAUCUGAAUUCUCCCCCCGAAGAGCUCCUAAGUGUGCAAGCUCGUGUCCGAGCCGCUGAAGACGCUUUCAAUCUGCUCGAAGGCGAGCGGAUUGCAAAUCUGCAGAUUCAUGUGCCUUGA